GUUAGUGAGUGACGUAUAAACCCGACCGCCUCAAACUAUAACCGACCCGACGGAGCAAAUAUAUAGCAUUUGCCGUUUUUCGCUCUCUCUUCGUUCAUCGGAUUUUCGAAUAGGAAAACAAAAAAUGGCUUUGCUGGCUCGAAACGCACACCGGCUAACACAAACGACGCCGUUUUAUCAACGUUCAAUCCACACGACUCUUCCGGCGCUCUCUCAGCAAUCCUCUUCCUCCACUCCGGCCACGUACGCUCGCGCACCUCCGCCGUCCACGUCAUCUCCGGCGGGGAUAUCGAAGACGGCUGAGUAUGUGAUCUCUAAGGUCGACGAUCUGAUGAACUGGGCUCGUCGUGGCUCCAUUUGGCCCAUGACAUUUGGGCUGGCUUGCUGUGCCGUUGAAAUGAUGCAUGCUGGAGCUGCUCGUUAUGAUUUUGACCGAUUCGGUGUUAUCUUCAGGCCUAGCCCUAGACAAUCUGAUUGUAUGAUUGUUGCUGGCACGCUUACCAAUAAGAUGGCCCCUGCUCUUCGCAAGGUCUAUGAUCAAAUGCCUGAGCCAAGGUGGGUUAUUUCGAUGGGAAGCUGUGCAAAUGGUGGAGGAUACUACCAUUACUCAUACUCCGUUGUGCGAGGCUGCGACAGGAUCGUGCCAGUUGACAUUUAUGUUCCAGGAUGCCCACCUACUGCCGAGGCCCUCCUUUAUGGAGUUCUCCAACUGCAGAAGAAGAUCAACAGGCGCAAGGAUUUCCUGAUGUGGUGGACCAAAUAAGAGCGGUUAUAUUUCCGUUUUCUUGGCUAUUCUCCUGUGGAAAUAAACACUUGGCCAAGCGCCAUGCGAGGGGAGAGAUCUUCUGUGAACUACUGUCAUUUUAUCAUAUCUUGAACCUUUUGUAUUUGUUUUGUCUGCUGACAUUUAGUGUGGUGUUGUGCAAGCUGUCACCGAUUUGUUUGGGAACCAGCUUAAAUGGAAGUGCGAUAUUGUUAUUUCAUAGAGAAUGUGCAUGCUGUGUUGGAUUAUAUCAAAGCUAAGACAUUGGACUA